UUUGGCGCGGGCAGGAUGGAGGAAGAGCUGAAAUGUCCGGUGUGCGGUUCCUUGUUCAAGGAGCCGCUCCUGCUGCCCUGCUCCCACAAUGUUUGCCUGGUGUGUGCGCGCAGCAUCAGCGUGCACACGCCGGACGGGGAGCCCGCCGCCGGCGGGGCCGUGCAGCAGAGCCGCGCGUCGGCGGCCAGCUCGGACUACGACUACCUGGACGUGGACAAGAUGAGCCUGUACAGCGAGACGGACAGCGGCUACGGCUCGUACACGCCGUGCCAGCUCAAGUCGCCCAACGGCGUGCGGGUGUUCCCCGCCCCGCAACACCCCCACCACCAGCAGCGGCUGUGCUCGCUCACCUGCCCGCUGUGCCACCGCAGCGUCUCCCUGGACGAGCGAGGGCUGCGCGGUUUGCCUCGCAACCGGCUCUUGGAGGCCAUCGUGGCGCGGUACCGGCAGACCCGCGCCGCUACGGCCUCCGCCGCUUCGGGGGCGGCCAAGUGUCAGCUGUGUGACCGCAACCCGGUGGACGCGGCGGUCAUGUGCGAGCAGUGCGACGUGUUUUACUGCAACGCCUGUCAGCAGCGGUGCCACCCGUCCCGCGGCCCGCUCGCUAAGCACCGCUUGGUCCCGCCGCCCCAGCAGCGAGCGGGCCAGGCGGCCGCCGGGGCGGGCGCGGGACAGGCGCCGGCCACCGCGCGGAAACCGGCGACGUGCGUCGAGCACGAAGCGGAGAACUUCGUCAUGUACUGCUGCAACUGCAGGGCGCCCGUGUGCGCCAAGUGCGCCGAGGAGGGACGCCACGCCAAACACGACGUCAAGCCCAUCGCCCUCAUGUGGAAGCAGCACAAGUGUCAACUCUCUCAGGCCCUCAACGGCGUCUCAGACAAAGCCAAAGAUGCAAAAGAGUUCCUGGUCCAACUCAAGAACAUGCUGCAGCAGAUCCAGGAGAACGGCGUGGAGUUCGAGGCCUGCCUGGUGGCUCAGUGCGACUCGCUGAUCGAGGCGCUGACCCGGCAGAAAGCCAAACUUUUGACAAAAGUCACCAAGGAGAAGGACUACAAGCUGAAGGUGGCGCGCGACCAGAUCACCCACUGCACCAUGAAGCUGCGGCAGACCACCGGCAUGAUGGAGUACUGCCUGGAGGUGCUCAAAGAGAACGACCCCAGUGGCUUCCUCCAGAUCUCAGACGCGCUGAUCAAGCGCGUGGCAUCGUCUCAGGACCAGUGGGUCAAAGGCAACCUGGAGGCCAAGGUGGGCCCGGACUUUCAGCUCACGCUCAACACCGACGCGCUUCUGCAGAGCAUCCUGCAGUUGGAUUUCUGCCAGGGCAAAGACGUGCAGGAUGGCGCCUUAGUGAAACAAAAGCAGCAGGCAGCGGCCAGUGCUGAAACCGAUGCCGAUGCACAAAGUCCAGGAGCGGAGUCGGGACCCUCGGUACCGGCGGCUCCCCUCCUGCAGCUGGAGAAGUGCUGCAGCGGCAACAACAGCGCCACGCUAGCUUGGAGGGUAGCCGUGCCCCAAGGAGCGCCCAUCGAGGGCUACAUUCUGGAGCUGGACGACGGCAACGGUGGACAGUACCGGGAGGUGUACGUGGGCAAGGAGACGGUGUGCACGGUGGACGGGCUCCACUUCAACAGUUCGUACAACACCAGAGUGAAGGCCUACAACGCCGUCGGCGUGGGGCCCUACAGCAAGACGGUGGUCCUCAAGACCUCCGACGUGGCUUGCUUCGCCUUCGACCCGACGUCGGCUCACCGGGACAUCGUGCUGAGCAACGAGAACCAAACGGUGUCGUGUAACAGCUACGACGACCGCGUGGUGCUCGGGACCGCCGCCUUCUCCAAGGGCACCCACUACUGGGAGGUCCGCAUCGAUCGCUACGACAACCACCCGGACCCCGCGUUUGGCAUCGCCCGCAUCAACACGGUCAAGGACAUGAUGUUGGGCAAGGACGAAAAAGCCUGGGCGAUGUACGUGGACAACAACCGCUCGUGGUUCAUGCACAACAACUCGCACACAAACAGGGCAGAGGGCGGCAUCACUAAGGGCGCCACGGUGGGCAUCCUGCUGGACCUGACCAAGCGCACUCUGACGUUCUUCAUCAACAAGGAACAACACGGACCGACCGCCUUCGAGAACCUGGACGGCGUCUUCGUGCCCGCCGUCAGCCUCAACAGAAACGUCCAGGUGACGCUAGUGACGGGCCUGGAGGUGCCAAGGGUCCUCAAACAGUAAAGGAGGCCUCCACAAGAUCCUCAAAAGGUUUCUCGGAUAAUAGAUCGGCUCCGUCGGCGACAGCUCGACGCGAGCAGUUCUCGCCGGAAGUCCGCACGCACAAUUAAGCAGACUGCAGGGCUACAUUUUUGUCAUCUCGCGACGAAAGGAAGACAUUUUAGGGUGACAGCAGCAAAAAGCUUUUGUUAGAGUUCAAACAGCGACUCAGGUUGUCACAGCGAUAAAAUAUUCACGCGUUCGACUGAAGCCGCUCUGUCGUUUUAGAUCCGCUGCGAAGGCAGUUUUUUUUUUUGCAUCAUAACACUUCCGUUAGUUCUGGGCAUGACGUGACUUCUACUUUGAAACAUCUCCUUUUCAAAACGUAACAAAGUAAGGCAUCAAAUAGCCAAGUGGGAGAAAUGACGCGUUUGAGUCCCCCUCAUCAUCGCCGUGGAUGAGAUGUAACAAGGCCGAGCUUCUUUCUCACUCAAACGGCAUCGGUGAUGCGUCUGCAGGCUUAUUUGAAAAUCUCAAGACAAAAAGUGAAUAUUUCAUACGCAACGUUGGGAUUUUUCUUUUUUUCGCGGGUCACCUCAUGGUAAUUUAAUCACGCGCUCUCUGCAAAGUGUUGCUUUGAAUCAAUGAAAAAAGUGGCUCCGGAUCACUGUGACAUAAAAAAACAAAACAAAAAAGAACAAUGAGCCACUCUGAAGAACACAGGCAACAAGUUUUCUUCUCAUUUAACCAGACAUGUUUGAAAUUGCAUCGCGGAGAUAUGAUUGAAAAAUUCUUCCAUCUGAGAAUAAUGUAAAUAAUGCUAAUAAGCUAACGAACGAGACGUACGGUGAGCAUCAAGCAAGUUUACAAAAACGAUCUCAAGCUGCUUUUGUGAAAUACCCUCGUGCAUUGUUUACUGCCAACUGCUGUGAUAGAGCGCCCCCAGCUGCCCAAAGGAGGAAUUACAACCACUUCAGCCUCGCGCCUUGUUCUAACGGACACUGAUCGAAAAGCCAUUGCCAUCUCAUUUGAAUUAAUAUACUGUAAAGCUCUAGAUGUAAAUAGAAGUGUAUAAAAUGGGUUGCUUAUUUUUCUUCAUUUAAAAACAAAUAUAUUCUUCGUUUUAUUCUAUUCAUAGGAUUUAAUCAUACAAAAUAUGCCAUGUAGAUGCUAUUUAGAGGGUUAACUAUUAAUUUCAUGACGCCUGUCAUCUUCGAAUACUGUCUUUGAUAUGGACAAAAGUGUUGGGACACACCUCUUAUUUAUGAAUUCAUCUUUUGGACAACUAGAUGCCUUCCCUUUUGUGGGAACAUUUUGGGGAGAAGAAAUAUUAGAGUUUCUACUUUUGGAAGGCGACCCAAUACUUUUGUCCACAGCUACAUCUAUUGUCAAAGGGUUUUACUGGAGAGUUUGGAAGCCCCGUGACAUGCCAACUUGUAAAAGUUGCUCACUGCGGUGUCAGCAGCAUGUCCCUUUACCUCACAAAAUGAAUGUGUUAAACUUUACAUAUUUAUUUAAAUGUACGGUGCUGUAUGCGGGGUUGGGGGUGGGGGGGGGGGGUGCAUGCCCUGAUAUUGGAAAUUAUUUAUUGAGCAAGUCUGUAAAUAUCUUUUGUUUUAGUACGUCGCUCCUCCUCAUCCGUUUGUUUGCCGUCCAAGUUGCUGCUGUUUCUAUUCCAAAGUGUGAAGAGUUCAAUUAGCAUUUAUUUCCUUUCAUUCUUUGAACGUCAUCGAUUUGCUCCCUUCUUUUGCCAAGCUGUGAAUGUUUUGUACGACUAAAUGGUUUAUAUAUAUAUAUAUCUCUAUCUAUAUAUAUGAGCAGAAGAAAAAGACAAAUACACACGCAAUGUUUUCUUUUGAGUUGUUUGUAUAACAAAAAAAAAAAAGAGAAAUAAAUGACCUGUGAUGGAUUUAAAGACAAAAGAAGAGUCCAGUUUGGCGCACACAGUUUUUUCCUGUCGUUUCAGCUUUUGUUUGUUCGCUACACUAAAACUUGAAGUCGCGCGAGACUUUCUGAUGAUUCUUCGGUUUUACUCUGUAUACUUUUGAAAAUCCACUUUUGGGAGAUCACUUAGGUAAAUCCAUUAUUGGUCCGUGUCAGAUGCGACCUCACCUGGGUUGAGGUCAAAGGUGCGGCCAUCUUUGUAUUGAGAGUCUGAAUUCUUCCUU